AUGGCGAUCACUAGCGAGCGCCGCCGUCGGAUAGCCCUCCUGGCGGCUAACUACGCGGCGCUGCUGGUGGGUUCAGUCGCGGAGAGCCUUCUGUCCCGGUACUACUUCGCGCACGGCGGCCAGAACCGGUGGAUCGUCACGCUGGUGCAGUCGGUUGGAUUCCCGCUGCUCGUCCCCGCCGUGUUCGCCGCCGCGCCGCGCCCGUUCCUGUGGUUCUCCCGGAGGUUCCUCGCUGUCUGCCUGGGCAUCGGCGCCCUCAUGGGCGUCAACAACCUGCUGUUCUCCUCGCGUUCACGCUCGUCCUCGCCGCCGUCAUCGUCUGCCACCCGAUCACCUUCGUCAACCUCAACGCCGUCCUCCUCCUCACGCUCAGUUCGGUGCUCCUCGCGCUCCGCUCCGGGCUACGUCCUGGGCUACGUCGUCACCCUGGGCGCCGCGGGGCUGUUCGCCGCGUACCUGCCCGUCAUGGAGCUCCUGUACCGCAGGGCGGUGUCUGGCGGGUUCGUCCUGGCCGUGGAGGUGCAGGUGGCGAUGCAGGCCAUGGCCACGGCGGUGGCCGCGGUCGGGCUGGUGGCCGCGGGAGGGGCCCGCGAUGACGUGGCGCGCUGGGAGGGCUCCACGGCGCUGUACUUGGUCGUGGUGCUGACGCUCGUGCUGACGUGGCAGGCGUGCUUCAUGGGCACGGCCGGUGUGAUCUACCUGACCUCGUCGCUCCACAGCGGCGUGUGCAUGGCCGCCGUGCUCACCGCAAACGUGCUGGGCGGCGUGGUUGUGUUCGGCGACCCGUUCGGCGCCGAGAAGGCCGUCGCCACCGCGCUCUGCGUCUGGGGCCUCGCCUCCUACCCCUACGGAGAGUACACCAAGAAGAAAGAGGAUGACGCCUCUCCGUCCGCUCCCGAGUACGAAAGCGUCGGCAAGAGCGGCGGCGACGUCCCUGCAGGUCGCGAGCUCGAAACCGUCUGA